AUGGCGGAGCAUGUUUUAGCGCUUAAGCUGCUUGUACUUUCCUUUCUCAUUCAUUUUUCUUUUUCUGAAAUAUUCGAAGACGUUUUUGACGAUGGAUGGCAAUCGCGGUGGGUUAAGUCCGACUGGAAAAGAGCUGAAGGAAAAGCUGGAACUUUUAAACAUACAGCUGGAAAGUGGAAUGGAGAUCCGGAUGAUAAAGGCAUUCAGACUCACACUGAUGCAAGACACUAUGCCAUAUCCGCAAAGAUACCAGAGUUCUCCAACAAAAACAGAACACUGGUUGUCCAGUAUUCUAUAAGAUUUGAACAAGAGAUUGAAUGUGGUGGCGGUUACAUAAAGCUUCUUUCUGGAUAUGUCAAUCAAAAGAAAUUUGGUGGAGACACCCCGUACAGUUUUAUGUUUGGACCGGAUAUAUGCGGCACACAAAAGAAGCAUCUGCAUGUCAUCCUCUCCUACCAGGGCCAGAAUUACCCCAUCAAGAAGGAGUUGGAAUGUGAAACUGACAAGUUAACACAUUUCUACACAUUUAUUCUUAGGCCUGAUGCCUCUUAUAGCAUUCUCAUUGACAAUCGAGAAAGGGAUUCUGGAAGCAUGUAUACAGACUGGGAUAUUCUUCCUCCACGGAAAAUCAGAGAUGUCAAGGCUAAAAAGCCUAAGGAUUGGGAUGAUAGAGAAUAUAUUGAUGAUCCUAAUGCCGUUAAACCUGAGGGAUAUGAUUCAAUUCCAAAAGAGAUACCAGACCCAAAGGCUACGGAGCCUGAUACUUGGGAUGAAGACGAGGAUGGUAUAUGGAAAGCACCAAAGAUACCAAAUCCAGCAUACAAAGGGCCAUGGAAGCCCAAGAGAAUCAAGAACCCAAAUUACAAAGGGAAAUGGAAGGUUCCUUAUAUUGAUAAUCCAGAGUUUGAAGAUGAUCCCGAUCUUUAUGUGCUUAAGCCUAUUAAGUAUGUUGGCAUUGAAGUUUGGCAGGUCAAGGCUGGUUCAGUUUUUGACAAUAUUUUGAUCUGUGAUGAACCGGAGUAUGCAAAACAAGUGGUAGAGGAAGUAUUCCACAAUCGGGAGAUUGAAAAAGAGGCUUUUGAAGAAGCAGAAAAAAUCAGAAAAGCAAGAGAGGAAGAGGAAGCUCAAAGAGCAAGAGAGGAAGGUGAAAGAAGGAGAAGAGAGAGAGGUUAUGAUCGACGCAGGGAUCGCUACAGAGACAAAUACAGAAGGCAUCCCCGCGAUUACCUGGACGAUUAUCAUGAUGAGCUUUGAGACGUUUGUUCCACCCGCUGCCCUCCUAGUGGUGGCAUUGCCUCUUCUUUCAAGUUGUCAGAGCAGGGGAUUGCUGAAAUAACAACAUUUUACCUUAGAGAGUAGUAUUUUUUGGUCCUAAGUAUUAAUUGUUCUACAAGUUUAUGUUGUAAUUUUUUAUUUGGAAGUAUCACUUGUGCAUUGUCAUAAAAAAACUAGUUGAAACGUAUUUUUGAGAUAUAAAGCCUGGCUCAAUCUAAAGUUUGAAGGUGAGUUUAAUUAUUCAA